AUGGUGAAUAAAACACAUAGAAGAGUUACAACUGCUGAUCCAGAGGCAGGUGUGGACACUGACAGCAGCAGUGGAAGCGUCAGGGGGAACGAGGAAUCCUUCAGUUCUGCUGGUGAUCAAAACAGAGCUGUAUCGCGAUUGGCACGGCAAUCCCGAAUGCUGAUUCGGUCCACAAAAACAGACAGAACGUCAGCAGUAGGUGGUAAGAACGUCAAACCAUAUAACAAAUGGGAGUUAGGCUCAUGUCCAUCGUGUAAAGCAAUAUUGUGGAAUGCUGAAGCAAUUGCGGGUCAGACCACCAGAGAGAACAAACAGUACAGUCUAUGCUGCCAGCGAGGUCGAGUGAGGCUUCCACGUGUUAGGGAACCACCACCUCCAUUGCUAGCGCUUCUAGAGUCACCCAAAUUCAGAACUCACAUCAGAGUUGCUAACAGUCUGCUUGCCUUCACGUCCAUGGGUGCUCAGAUAGAUCAUACUGUGACUGGAACCCCCGGCCCUUUUACCUACCGUGUCCAUGGCCAAAUUAUUCAUAGAAUAGGAUCCAUGCUUCCUGAGGAUGGUAACGACCCGGGGUAUCUGCAGCUUUAUAUUUUCGACACUGAAAAUGAGCUCUCUAACAGAAAACGAGCAAUCACAAAAGGUUCUUCCUCCAUAGAACUCGAAGAUACUAUCAUAGUCCAGUUGAUUGAGAUGCUCGAUACUCACAACCAUCUAGCAAAAACCUUUAGAUUUGCACGCGACCGCUUCCAGGCUACAGGGAAAAUCGAGUUCAGCAUCAAAUUAGUCAGUCAACCAAACAGAGGUCGUCAGUACGAUCUUCCUACUGCAGAUGAGGUUGGAGGCCUAAUAGUUGGAGACUUAUCUGCGACCUCAGUAGGAAGGGAUAUUGUGGUCGAACACAAAUCUUCAGCGCUGCAGAGGAUAGGUGAUCUCCACCCAUUACUGAUGAGUCUCCAGUAUCCUCUGUUGUUUCCGUACGGUGAAACCGGUUACAGCGAGAGAAUCCCGUACAGAGGGCCUGAAGCAUCCACGGUGAAGCGAGAAUUCAUGACUAUGAGGGAGUAUUAUGCUUACCAACUCCAAACCCGACCUACUGAAGGGAUGACAAUUAUUAAGGGAGGGAAAUUGUUGCACCAGUAUAUCGUCGACGCGUACGUAGCUACUGAGACUGAGCGACUGCGAUUCAUAAGUCUGAACCAAAAGAAACUGCGAGCGGAUCUAUAUAACAACGUAUGUGACGCUGUUGAGGCCGGUGACGCAGAUCCAGCACAAAUCGGUAAAAAGGUCAUCCUACCUGCAACCUUCACUGCUGGACCACGGUAUAUGGCUGAAAAAUAUCAGGACGCAAUGGCUAUUUGCCGUUGGUAUGGGAAUCCUCAUCUAUUCAUCACCGUCACCGCCAACCCAAACUGGGUGGAACUCCGAGAUCAUCUUAGUGCAUAUGGAGGUGAUUCUCCCAAUAGUCGACCUGAUCUAGAAUGCCGAAUUUUCAAACUAAAGCUGGAUGAAAUGAUAGCAGACUUUAAAAAGGGAGUAUACUUCCCCAAGCCAGAUGCAGUUGUCUACACCAUAGAGUUUCAGAAAAGAGGGUUGCCUCAUGCCCACAUUCUAUUAUGGUUGAAAGGCAUACAAAAAGAAGUUACUGCUGCGAUCAUCGAUGAGUACAUCUCGGCAGAGUUACCAGACAGAGAGACUGACAGAGAAGGAUUCGAACUGGUUGAACGUCAUAUGAUUCAUGGUCCGUGCGGUAAGUUCCGCAAGAGCUCACCGUGUAUGGACAAAGGGGUGUGCACAAAGAACUUCCCUAAACCUUUCUCAGAACAUACAAGGAUUGACAAAUCUGGAUUCGUGGUUUAUAGAAGGAGAGCUGAUCCCGGAUCUUUCGUGGUCAAGGGUGACAUCAGGUUGGAUAAUCAGUUUGUCGUGUCCCACAAUCUUGCACUCCUAAAGAAAUACCAAGCCCACAUCAACGUGGAAUGGUGCUGUAGAACCAGCGCAAUCAAGUACCUGUUUAAAUACAUUACCAAAGGCGUUGAUCGUGCAACUGCCGUACUACAGAAGAAUGACCCGAAUAUGCUUAACGAGGUUGACAGAUAUUUGGAGUGCCGAUACAUAUCAGCUUGCGAGGGAGCAUGGAGGUUGUUCGCUUUCCCGAUCCACCAUAACCAGCCCAACGUCGUCAAACUCCCGGUUCACCUGCCAGGGCAGCAUCUAAUGGUUUUUGAUCAAUCUGAUGACUUAUCUCGAGUGAUUUCGCGAGAAAAUAUUGAGAAGACAAUGUUGACAGCUUUUUUUGAAGCUUGUGACACAUAUGAGGAGGCGAGGGAGAUGACAUACGUCGAAUUUCCCUCCAGGUUUGUUUACCAUUCAAACGAACGGUUAUGGGCACCUAGGCAGCAAGGAGAAGCUAUUGGUCGGGUCGUGUACGUAAGUCCAGUAUCUGGUGAUAGAUAUUACCUAAGGAUUUUGCUUAAUGUUGUGAGAGGUCCUAGGAAUUAUGACGCGUUGUACACUGUCGGUGAUGUGGUUUACAAGAAGUUCAAGGAAGCGUGUUAUGCACGAGGCCUGCUUGAUGAUGACAAAGAGUGGCAUGAGGCCAUAGAAGAGCCAUCGUAUUGGGCUACCGGACGGCAGUUGAGAAAAUUGUUUGUCCUCAUCCUGGUUUACUGCCAUGUUGUAAGCCCGCUCAAGCUCUGGGAGCAUGCCUGGAAGUUUCUAGCUGAAGACAUUCUCUACAUGAAAAGAAAGGAAUUUCGCUUUCCAGGGCUUGACCUGCAGGACGAGCAGUUAAAACAGUAUACUCUGUUAGAGGUUGAGAAACACCUGAAAGAGCACAACCAGACGCUUUCGGACUACGAUGAUAUGCCACAGCCAGAUAAAUCAAUUUUAUCAGAUUUGAGAAAUCCUCAUCUACGUGAAGAAAUGGUCUACGACGUUCAAAAGGAGGCCGAGACACAUAGCAUGUUGUUUGAUGCAAUGAAUGAGGAUCAGCGGAAAGUAUAUCAUGCCGUUAUGCAGUCUGUCGAGAAACGGUCAGGGCAGUUGUUAUUUGUUAACGGUGCAGGAGGUACAGGAAAGACAUAUCUAUACCGGACUAUCAUCGCAAGGAUGAGGUCAGUUGGCAAAGUAGUUAUUCCAGUCGCCUCCGCUGGAAUCGCCGCAUUGCUUCUCCCAGGUGGGCGGACAGCACACUCGCGGUUUAAAUUGCCAUUGAAUCUGGAUGAUCGUUCGAUGUGUGAAAUACACAAAGGCUCCAGCUUGGCGGCGUUGAUAUCUAAAGCGGAACUAAUCAUAUGGGACGAAGCUCCGAUGGCACACAGACAUGCGUUCGAGACUCUAGACCGUUCCCUCAGGGAUUUGUUAUCAGAUGCAGACCCAGAAGCUGCCAACAAGCCUUUUGGUGGCAAGACAGUGCUCCUCGGAGGUGAUUUUAGGCAGAUACUGCCGGUGAUCCGACAUGGAAAACGGACAGACACAGUUCUCGCAUCUAUUAGCAAGUCUUAUCUGUGGAAGAUGGCUCGAGUAUUCUCUCUUAGCAUCAACAUGCGACUUCGGCAGGAAGACAAGGAUUUUGCUAAGUGGAUAUUACAAGUAGGAGACGGGGAAGCUCAGACACUGACUUCGUAUAAGCCAAGUCAUGACGAAGGUAAUCGUAUUUUGGUUGACAAACGCUUUUUACUCCCUACCUCUGAAACUCCACAUGAAGCUUUGGCAGAUGCUGCAUACCCAAACUUCCUCCAUAAUUACCGAAACAAAGAGUAUAUAACAGAGAGAGCGGUCUUGACGCCUACAAAUAAUACAGUGCAUGAAAUCAACGCUUACCUCCUCUCUAAGAUCCCAUCGCAAGCUAGGGAGUAUCUGAGUUCUGAUUCCAUUGAGUUAGAAGCUACACCAGAUGAUGAUUGGACCAGCCAUUACCCUCCAGAGUACUUGAACUCCCUAGAAUUCCCAGGCCUCCCCAAUCAUAGGCUCUGCUUGAAGGUGGGAGCACCAGUGAUGAUGCUGCGCAACCUAAACCAAAAUCAAGGAUUGUGCAAUGGUACAAGGAUGAUGGUCAGUAGACUAGGCAACCGCAUCAUUCAAGCGGAUAUCAUGACGGGGACAGAUGUUGGGGAGCAAGUUCUCAUACCUAGGAUACAGCUAAGUCCCACUGACACCAUUCAUCCCUUCACUUUUAAUCGAAGACAGUUCCCGAUAAGAUUGUGCUACGCCAUGACAAUAAACAAGAGCCAAGGCCAGAGUCUGAACCAUGUUGCCCUGUACCUUCCUCGGUCCGUCUUCACUCACGGACAACUGUAUGUGGCCAUGUCUAGAGUCACUUCGCCAAAUGGGCUAAAGAUACUGGACGAGACGUCUGAUGAGGAGGGCGAAGAUGGAGUGACCAAUAUCGUCUACAGGGAGGUCUUCGAAGACAUCAAAGUGACACAGCCUAACAGAAGGCAGCGUCGAGGGGCUUUAGCAACUCGACUGAAAGGAGAGGAGAGAAAUUCCCAUACAGCCAGCGGGGAGGAUGGCACUACAGGCAAAGACCGUCUGGCGAAAACGCCGCAGGCGCGAAGCGUGGUAGGCCUGCGCCGGGUGAGCAUAGGGGGAAAGGGAUCCCGGACGGUGGAAGAGCCAGGGGAGGCCGGGUCAUUUGACGGAAAUGGAAGGAGGAACCCCUCUUAUAGAAAGCCCUAUGAAGUUAAGGGAAGUGAAUGA